AAUAAAUAAGGAAAAUCAAUAAAUAUUCAAAUCUUAAAUAAUUCUUAUUAAUAACUUAAACAAUACACAGUGUGAAAAAAAAUAUCGAUUUACUUCCAUUAAAUACUGGUGUUGUCUCUAAACUCUAUUUCUUUCGUUUACACUAGCGGUGAUAAGGUAGAUUUCAACAGAUUUAUUAAAAAUCAAUUUAAAAGUGGUUGUUUCGAGAUCGUUGUUCUCAUUAAGGAGUGAAAUAUUUUCUGAAGAUUAUCAGUGCAGAAAAUGGCGGUUCCACAUAUUACAUCAUUUUGUUGGUGCAUGGGGUUGGAGGCUGGCUGCAAGUUCAUUGGAUUUGUGCAUUUGCUGACAUCAUUAAGUCUGAUGGUUGUGUGUUCGAUAUACGCGGAGGGUUUCCGCGCAUUCGCGGGCACAGCCGAAGACGCGGGUGACCACGUGUACAGCACUUGGUACGUCAUCACCACCACAAUAGCGGUGCUGAGCGUUGUUCACGUUCUUCUGGCCAGCGCCCUGCUGUACGGGGCUUACACGCGGUCCAGCCGAGUGCUUCGCGGGUGGGUGUUCAUGAUGUGCGCGCUGUCUCUAUCUUCGCUGCUGUACAUCUUGGGGUCCAUGCCCUGGGGCUUCUCCUCCUCGGGCUCCGAAAUCUACUUGGCCGUGGUGGAAGGCGUCUUCUUUUACGGCUCGAUGUUGUAUUGCAUCCUCUGCGUCAACAGCUUUUACCUGAUGCUGAAGAGCACCGAAGACAUGCGAGGACCCUGCAAGGCCGACUAUUAAGCGAACGUCGUCGGUGCUUUCGAGGCUUCUUAAGGUUAAAUGUCGCUUAAACGGUUAAUUCUUCGUCGCUUUAUUUCUUACUUUGAAUGGAAUGAAAUGCAAUGGUGAAUUGACAAAUUUUAUAAGACAUCUAUUGAACCAUGUAUUUUACGUAAACGGUCCUCCACCGUCCCGGACCGUGACCGUGCCGAAGUAUACCACUGGACUGGUUGCACGAACGGAGCGUUGAGAAUUUCAGAUGUAAUAUAUUUUCUUCGAUGCGUUAUACGUUCGUGAGAGGGAAGUAGGGUUCGUAUACGGAAUAUUCUGAUGCCAAAGAAUCUCAAUUUUAUAUAGAAAAUGAAGUAUUAUAGAGUUUUACGAAAAGCCAUUUUUAGAAGAAAUCGAAUGUCGUAUUUACGAGAAGAAAUUGAUUUUUUCGAAUUGUAUAAUAUAUUAACUAUAUUUACAGUAUCAACCUAUUUUGCCUACUGUAAUCUACGGACCAUUCUUUACUAAAGACGAUCAUUUCCUUUGGACGCUCCGAUCCGUCCGAUCGAUUCCCCCUUCGUAUGUUUGAAGAUGAACUUUCACCUUUCGACUCGUUCAUUUUACUAAACGUAUAUUUUCAUAUACUAGUCUACAUUAAAAAAAGAAAUUUUCACGAAAGGAGUCCCCUCACUGCGAGUGCCAUACGCGAGACGAGUGGUUCGUCUGGUGAUAUAAAUGUGAUUUUAUACUUGUUCAAUAUAUUACGUUGUUUUAAUACGUUUAGGCUGUUAUUGACUUAGCGAAACGGGUCCUUUUGCGCAACUUUUAAACAGGUUUCAACGGUUAAGUUGGACCGCUUAAUGCUAAAAACUUAAUAUUAAGAAUAUGUGUAAACUUAGCGUAUGUCUAAAUGUUAUUGUUGUUUCCGGUUAAGACUUAACUAUUAUAGUAUUGUCUUUUGUUAACAUGGCUUUUACACAUUAAGAAAACGCUUUAGACGGAUUGAAGCUAUGUGUUAUUAUUAUAAUCUUAUAAUUAUUUAUAUAAAUUUUUUCCGACGUUUCGCGUGUUUUACAGCGUGCGUGAUCACCGUGACCGUUUAAAAAGUGUUUUCUUAACUAUUAUUUUUAAGUACGGAACGUGUCCAAUUGCUUCUGUAAUUAUAUUUUUGUGUUAAUAUGGAAUCUGAGACCACAAAUACGAUCUCACCGCUCAUGGAUGGGCUUAUCUAUUUAUAAAUACUGUAUUUUUAUUGUUUUGUAAAGUUUAAUAUAUUUUAUGUUUACUUAUUUGUCUUUCGCCAUGCAGCGCCAUCCAGGAGCGGUUCCAAACAUCUUACCGAAAUAAGUUCAGCUUUCGCUCACAGAUGUCGCUCUUUAACGUUUAUUCGAUAUUACUGAAACUCAGAUCUAUUGGCCGUUGAAUUAUUUUAAAUUAUACAUCUAUCUUUUGGAACUACAGUCAAAACCGUUUACGACCACAUCGUUGAAAAUAUGGUACCUGGUAGUUAUAUUGACCAAAAAUGAAUUCUAUUAGACCGGCUUAUAACCGCACCGCUUUUCACGGCAUCGCUUAUUACAACAUUUCUCUUUAAGCGACUUCAUGUAAUGAUAUUUUCAAAGAGUUAUAUCUGUAAGAACGACCAUAUUGUAAAUAUUUGAUUAGACGAGGGCAGCAUCCUCUUUCUACAUCUGGCCCACUGAAGUGAAUUAAGAUCGCAGAAGUAAACAAAAAGGACUCGAGUUGAAUGUCUAUUGUUUUUCUCAGAAACGAAUCCGAUUUUCAAUUCAAUCGGUUUAUUACUUAUGCGAACACGAGACGCACAAAAACAUAACGUUGAGUUAUUCGUGAAACCUUUAACAUGUCAAAAACCAAUUACUGUAGAAGACAUGUAUUAUAACAAAGCUUGAGAGUGGAAUUCCAAACAAAGGUGUAUCAGUCGAGAAUUUCACCAAAUUGGGCAAUAAAUGGACCAAUUCUUUAACAAAAAGCAAAAGAUUUUGCUUAGUGUCUUGGUGAAGAUUUCGUUUGCACGUGCAGUUGUAUUCGAUGUUUCCGGGCUUGGCACGGUAUUUGUGCACCGGCUACAGAAGAAGAUAUCGUAGAAGAAGUUCAAGAGGAUAAUGAGGAACAGUAAGAGACUGAAGAAAAAUUACACCGCCAACUUUGGAUGAUGGUCUCGAUACUGUCCAAUGUAUAACUAAAAAAAAUUAUUAUUAAAGAACAGUUUCACAAAUAAACAAAUCACAAUACUUUAAUUAAAAUUCAGCGUCAACUACAAAGUGCGUACGUACUACAGAAGUGUUUGGAACAAACUAAAAUGUCGUUUAUUUUAUACAUAAGUAUAUUAAUCACUCAUUCAGUAAUAAGUAUUAGGUACUUAAUAAAAACUACGACUAUCGGUUUUUACGACCAAAUAUGAGUAGUCGUUAUAAAAGAUUUUGACUGUAUGUGUUAAAUAUAUAUAUAUAUAUAUAGGUAUAUCAGAUUCGGCUUCAUUCCUCUUUUCGAAUAUAAUUUUAAUACUAUUUUCUUUUAGAAUAUAUUAUCGUUGUUAUAUUCAAUAAUUUAGCUGCCACAAUACCUUUCCUUUGAAUAGUAUGUAAUCACAUAAAUUAAAAAGAAAUACGACGCAGAAAUGUACUUGUUUAGUUAAUUGUAAGAUAUACUCAAACGAGUAAUAAAUGUGCUCUUCGAA